AGCGGGUGGCAUUAAUAGAGAAACUUUACCUGUUGAAUUGAUUUGGUGAAACUCACAGUCCGGUAACCAACAAAUGUGGAAUGAUUCUUUUAUCAACAUGGCUGACAUGAGCGCGUUUUUUAUUUUUCUAUCAUCGUUGACAUUACACGCUACAACUGUGAACAGUAUUUCCGCUGAAGAAAACCGAUUGGCCAACUAUUUGCUGAAUUCAACAAGAUAUUCGCCAGAAGUUAGGCCUGUCCUCAAGUACGACGAGAAAGUUAUUGUUCGCCAUGGUCUCACGCUAGCACAUUUGAUCAAGCUGGAUGAGAAGAGCCAAAUAAUCACCACUCGAGUCAUAAUCAAGAUGAAAUGGUACGAUGUUCGCCUGAAAUGGGACCCUGCAUUGUACAACGGAAUCACAGAGUUCAAUAUCGAUGUUUCUCUAAUCUGGGUUCCGCAGGUCGAAUUAUUUAAUAACGCUGACGAUAGCUUGGACACCAUUGCUGUUCCCAGGGCUAUUGUAAAGUACAAUGGAACUGUAACAGCUGUUUUUCCAAGAAUUCUGAAAAGCACCUGUCCAAUCACCGUCAAAGAUUUUCCAUUUGAUCAACAGGUCUGUGAACUUCGAUUCGGAUCCUUUCAAUUCGACACGUUACACAUGGACGUUCUUCCGUUGUCAAAAAACGUUAUCUCAAAACAAGGACUUACGAAAUUUCAGGAAAAUGGCGAAUGGUUAGUAGGCGAUACACGAGUCGUUUAUGGAAGCGUGUACCAUGCUUUCUCCAACACAACAGAGUUUGCGCAGAUGUCCUACAAGUUGGUGCUCCGUCGCAAACCGCUGUACUACAUUGUUAACUUCAUGAUUCCCUGUGCUCUCAUCGCCCUUAUCACCAUCUUAUUGUUUCUCAUUCCUGCAGACACUGGGGAACAAAUGGCUGUGGCUAUCACGAUUCUCUUGUCCAUGGCUGUCUUUUUCCUGUUACUUGAGGAGAAAAUGCCCGAAACCUCUGAUCAUGUUCCGUUGAUUGGCAAAUACUUCGCAUGCACUAUUGUCGAAAUAUCAUUGGCGGUGUGGGCUACAUGCAUGAUGUUGUGCUUCCAUCAUCAUGAGCCAACAGAAGUUCCUGUGUGGAUGAAGAAGUAUAUCCUGGUCAAGUUGGCCACACUGCUUAGAAUAAAAACGAGUGAAAACGAGCUUCAAACCAAAUCAAGGCGUGGGACUGUUCUGCAAAGGCUCACAAAAUCAAACAAAACAACAAGAAGAACUGAUAACUUUGCUACAGAAAUUGGCAGAAGUCAUCUCUUGAUAUGGCAGGCUAAAGCCAAAGCCAAGCGUCUGCGACGGGAGAAAGCGGUGAAAGAGGAACUGAGUCGAGAUACCCUGUUAACAAACUUAAGUGAAGAUAGUCCCGUUCGGACGAUAAAAUCAAGAGAAGAUUUAAAGGACAACGGAGCAAUGGCAGGUGGGCGGAAAGAAAGUAAGGAAACCGGUACGAAGAGAGAGAAGAGCGAAGAAAAGAAGGAGAAGAAACGACAUAAAGAAAAAGAAAAGAAGGAAAAAGGAACCGUUAGUGACAAACACGAAAGACAGGGAAACGAUAUUGCUAUGGAUAUGGGGAAGACAGAGGGAGAAAUGGAAAGAAAGAAAAGGAGAUCAAAGGAAUCGAGAUCUGAUAAAAAUGAAGGAAAAAGCAGUAAUGAGAAAGGGCACCGUGAAGAUAAAGAAAGCAAUCGAAAUAAAGAAGGAGAUAAAGUUAAGAAAUCAAGCAAGGAUAAUGGUGAAAAGCGAAAUGACAGCAAAAAAGCGAGAAACGAGAAAGAAAAUAAGCAAACAAAUGAUAAAUCAAAUGACGAGAAAUGUAGUGAAAAGAAUAGGGAUGACAAGGAUAAAGCUGAGCGGAGAAAGGAGAAACAUGCUUUGAAAAAGGAAAAACAUGAAAAUGCUGAGAAGAAAACUGAAGAAAUGAAGGAAAAACACGAUGUAGAAAGUACAGUAAAAAGAGAGAAUAAGGAAAAAAGAAAUAAAGAAAAUAGGGGAAAACCAGAAGCUGAAAAGAAAAGUAAGGAGGAUCAGAAAAUAGCAAAUGAAUCAAAGAAAAGGGAUAGAAGUAAAAGCAAAGAAGUUGACAGAAAAGACAAUAAGGGGAAGGAGCAUACCACAAGUAAAGAAAGCAAAUAUGAAAAAAAGGACGAAGAGAAAGAAAGAUCAAAAGUGUCAACUUCUUCAAAAAAAGCUAAUAGCGAGACAGAAAAGGAACAUAAAGGAACAAGCAAGAAAGACGCUCAAAAAGAUGAUUUGAGGAAAGAAGAUGUUGCAAAACGGACCUCCAAAGAUGACGAGGUACGACCAGAAAAAAAUGGAAAAUGGAUAAAAUUUAAAAAUGAGGAGAAUGACAAAGAAGAUAAUGCAAUGGAAGAAAAGAAAGCUGUUGAGAAAGGUACAAACUCAACCACAGGCCAAACGAUUAUGAAUAGGAAGGACCAAGAACUCGAGGUAAAUGAAAUCGAUGACGAAGGCAAUGGGGCAGUGGAAGUGUUACAGUUGGGUGGAACGAGGAGUCAAGAAAACAAAAGCGUUAAAAAUGGGAAUGAAAAUAAGAUAGACGACAAAGAUAGUGAAACAGAGGAUUUAGAAGGCUGUGAAAAUGAGUUGAGGCAAAAGGUUGAAACUGACACAAUGAAACCCAGUGACGUGGCGAAAGGGAAAGUCGCAAAGGAAGAGGCUGCGACUGACAUUGGCAGCAGUGGCAGCAUUCAUAGUUGUGACGACGACACGCGCAUUUUGAUACCAUCUGCGAAACAGCCAUCUUCUAGCAUAAAGCCAAAUGUGGUGAAACAGUUUAAACUCGUUGAUCGCGUAAUGCGGGUAACAGAAUCUUUGACACAGAGACUGAAUAAGUCCAAGACGAUCGCCAAACAAGACCCCCUGGUACCGCCUCCACCGACAGCCAAGCAAUUGACAGCUAAGAAGCUAGGAAACGCGGUCGACUGGGAGGAGGCUGAGCACGAAAGCGUUAAGUUAAUGGCACACACAAUCCAAGAGAAAGAGGCAGACAACGAGCUAAAAACUAAAUGGAAGGAAGUCGGCAAAGUUAUUAACACUCUCCUUAUGUGGGUGUAUAUUGCGUCGAUUUUUCUGACGUUCUUCGCUCUGUUUGGACCAGUUUUCGCUGCAGAUGAGAUGGAAAUUAAUUAAAUUUUGCAAAAAUUACCACUUAACUAACAAAGUAACACAUUUGAAAUAAUUUGUAAUUAAAAGCUUGUAUUUAUUGUUUUAUUUGUUUGUUUAAAACAUUUAAACAACACCACAGUAUUUGCAACGUUAAUAUUCCAGUUGAUAAUGGUCCCAAAGCACCAGUUUAAAUGACGUCACCAGUGUAAGUGAUGUCACCAGUGUAAUCGAGCUUUUCAUGGUCACUUCACUUAAAGUGUUCUGAUACUUUGAACUCUGCUUCGUCCUAGUGUAAGGUUGUUUUAAUCUGUUUACAUAUCAUGUACGAGGACAAACACCACCCAGCCAGUUUCAAGACAAUCAAACAGUUUUGAAUAAUAUUCUCAUUGGCUGUGGAUAUAUUAAAUGAUGAAGUAUCUAGAACGGUAGACUUUUCUUUUACCAGCUUCCAUUUUACCAACUAUGAAAGCAAUACAAGGGUUCUAGGAAAAUAUUGAUACACAUUGCCUUGAUAUAAUCUAUUUUUAUUGGUUCAAGUUGCUUUUGAAAACUCGCACCCAAAGGUAGCUGGAAUACUUGUGACUGUUUCUCUCAAGGUUUUCUUUCUAAAACAGGAGUUUUCAAAGUCUAAAACAGGAGUUUUCAAAGUCUAAAACACGCAACAUGCAUACUCACAAGCCUUUG